AUGGGCUGUAGCAGAUCAGUACCAAUAGCUGAUUCUCUCAGCGAUCAUCAUCAUCCUACUAAAACAAUGACGCCAUUACCAUCACCACCACCCUCUACUUUAAAUCAUCAAUUGCACUCAAAUGGCAUUGCAAAACGGAGCCAUCGUACUGAUCUAGAUGAUAUUGUUCAAAAUUUUCUUUUGAUUUGGCUUGAUGCAAAAGUUGAUGAAUCCAGCGAAGGCUACAGUAAUUCAAUCAAACAUCUGCAACGAACUGUGANAUAA